AAAGCAGAGCUGUGGAGGAGACCCGAGGCCUCCUGGGAGCGGAAGUGCAGGAUUCACCGGAAGUAGCUGGCGUCCGGGACCGACAGACGCGCAUACAGUGCUGGACAGGAGCUGGCCGGAGCUCGUGAAAGGACUUGGUGGCUAUGGAGUUGGGCGAGCUGCUCUACAACAAGUCCGAGUACAUCGAGACGGCAUCUGGGAACAAAGUUAGUCGCCAGUCAGUGUUGUGCGGAAGCCAGAACAUCGUUCUCAAUGGCAAGACCAUUGUGAUGAAUGACUGUAUUAUCCGAGGGGAUCUGGCAAAUGUAAGAGUUGGACGUCAUUGUGUUGUGAAGAGUCGGAGUGUCAUAAGGCCACCAUUCAAGAAAUUCAGCAAAGGUGUUGCAUUCUUCCCUUUACAUAUCGGGGACCAUGUUUUUAUUGAGGAAGAUUGUGUGGUCAACGCAGCUCAGAUUGGCUCUUACGUUCAUGUUGGCAAGAACUGUGUGAUUGGGCGUCGGUGUGUGUUGAAAGACUGCUGCAAAAUUCUUGACAACACAGUGUUACCCCCAGAGACUGUGGUCCCACCGUUCACUGUUUUCUCAGGCUGCCCAGGACUCUUCUCAGGGGAGCUCCCAGAAUGUACCCAGGAGCUGAUGAUUGACGUCACCAAGAGCUACUAUCAGAAGUUUUUGCCUUUGACACAGGUCUAAUGUCUCUGCCUCAUGUCUUGAAUUCGCUUGAGCUCUAAGAUAAACUUGGGGACAAAGUGAGCCAGUCAACAUCUACAAAGAUCUCUUGUGUCUUUGACACCUUCUACCCAUCCUUUUUUGUUGUUGUUGGGUUUUUUGUUUAAUUCUUUGGAAUUUCUCAAUCAUCCUCAGUCUAAGCUCUUAAGACUUUAAUAUAGAAUGUCUGGAAGAGUUGUUUCCAAAUGCUCUGCUUAAACUGUAUCUAUUAACAGUCACUUCAUACCAUUCAUUAUAUGUGGGACACAGAAUCAUCUGCUCCCAAUGCUCCCACCCUUGGUCCUGUGGAUGGCAGGGGCCUACCUGAGGCUGGCUGCAGAGCAGAGCACUCUGUCCCAGCAUGGUGGUUACAAAGCUGGUAUGUAGUUCAUGGCCAUAAAUUCCCACAGUGAGCACCACUCACAGGGUCACUCUAAGCUUGCUGGCUGCUAACAUAUUUGGCCAGUUGCCACAAUUGCUUAUAAUCAUGAAGAAAAAGUAUUCAUGGCUUGAAAAGCUUCAGAUUCAUGUUGGCUACUGAAAUGAGAAAGGGGUGGUGGUGGUAUUUCUCUUUUUUCCCAGAUGACUUCAACUGUCAUUUUAACCAAGGGUGACUGAGAAAAGACUUAACAUUCUGUUGUAGGGCCUUUGGCUUUUACUAGAAGGGGGAUCCUUAGCACCCAGAUUUUAUUUUUGCAAAGUCCCCGGUUUGAAUCUCCCAUGAGGAUGGACUAGUCUGGCAGCCAUUCCUUGCUUCAAGGUAUUUGCAGGCAGCCGUAUAUGCCUUAUUUCAUUGAAGACAUAGCAUUUGUGAUAUCUGUUCCCUGCCAUAAAACCCUCCCUUUAAUUGCCAUAAACUUCACCAAAAUAUCUGUACUUUGGCCCAAUCACAUGUAUAUACUGGGGCCUCUUAAAAUCACUAUGUGGCACAAGAGUCCCAAGCAGUCACUGAAGUUGCCAGUACCAUCCUUACUGUCUUCUGGCUAAUAGUACAAUCCUCCCUGGUUCUGCUCUGACUUCUUGGUUUAGAAGGAAGAUUUAGAGGUGAAGUCCUGAGAAUGUUGGCCUUGCUUAAUGCUCUGAUUCUCCUGUGAGUGCUCUGGUUCUCCAUGGAACUGUAUAGCCUUGGAUCUAGCAGGCACUGUACUGACUCAGUAUCCAUUUAUGGGGUUGACAACUAUGUAUAAUUAUCUCCACUCAUUCAGUGUAAAACUGCUUUCUGGUUUGUCAUUUUUUUUAUGUUUGUACAUUAAAAGAUUGACAACCAAACAAGUUAUUUAAAGGUGAUCACUCUCCCCCUCUGUUGAUGGCUAUCUCUAUUCCUCAGGCACUUCACUAUGUGCCUGGUACCCUGCUGUGGGCUUUACAUUCACUAGCCUGCUCAUGGGUCACAUUUUACAGAUGAGAGUAUUAAAUAACGUGGUCCAGUGCAUACAGUGAAGAAUUGGCUGGCCCAGGAGUCACAGCCGUAUCUGUCUGGCUCCAAAGCCCAUGCUCUUCAGAUGGGACAAGCUUGCCCUUGGAGUACCCCUGCUGUUUAUCCUGUCUAAUACAAGCAGUCAGUGAUGGUUGCAUCAUUUUUUAUCAUAUCCUGGCCUCUCCUCCAGCCCCAUUCUCCUUUUGUGCCACCAAACAGGUGAAUGUUAGAGUUGGCAAAAUAUAACCUCUUGUUCAUUAGAGAAAUUUUCCAGGGCAUGUCCAACAUUACCAUCCCACCUAUGUUUGAAUACUUGUACUAUAAGCGACUAACUGUCCAUUUCCUUAGUAAUCUUUUACAGUUUUAUUGAGAUAUAAUUGCCAUAAUUUUUGACUGUCCAUUUUAUUGGUGAACAACCCACAAAGUGAGGAGGGUUAAGCCUCUUAAAACAAAACAGUUUGAAAAUCUUUAAGUAACUCAAGUAUAUGAUUCCAAAAGUCUGAUCUAGUUAAGAAAGGACAUGUAAUGAAGUAAGUCCUCCCAGUUCAGAGCCCCAGAGGCCACCACCCUGAACAGGUUCUGGUCUCUCCUGGCAGAGGUAGUCUGUAUAUGCACAAGCAGGCAUGUGUAUAUGUACACCCCAGCCUCUCCACAUUCGUACAAAUAUGAUCAAACAUGAGCUGUGCUGUUUUGCACCUCUCUGCUCUGACUUAAUCUAUCUUAGAGAUUGCUCCGUAUUAGCAUGUAUAGGUGAUUAAAUAUCAAAUGCCAACACAGAGUGUUUAUCACAUACCAGAUACUCUUCUGAGUUCUUUAUAUUUAUUAAUUCCUCUGAUCUCCACAACCACCACAAGAUCUGUGCACUUAUUCUCCCCAAGAAACAGAGAUUGAGUGCCCAACUUUAUAUACCUAAUGCAGUGGUGAACCUAGGCAUUCUGUCUCUAGAGCCUGUACUUUUUUUUAAUCCUCACCCAAGGAUAUAUUUAUUCAUUUUCAGAGAGAGGGAUAGACAGAGGGAAACAUUGAUCAGUUGCCUCCCAUAUGUGCCCCUAUCAGGGAUCAAACCUGCAACCUAGGUAUGUGCCCUGACCCGAAAUCAAACCCACAACAUUUUGGUGAACCCAUACUUUUAGUUACUGUGCAGGAAUCUCUCCCUGUUAUACCGUUCAUUGCCCCAAGUUGCAUUAUCUGGCUGUAGAGAAAGCUGAGAAAGUGAGUAUUUUGGUUUUUCAGGCAGGCAGGGAGAAGGGGGAUUGAGAAUGAGUUUUGGGUGAACCAUCUAAUGAUAUCUGUUACAGGCAGGAAGUCUAGUGUUUCCUCUGAGGAGACAGUCUCCUUGUAUUGUGCCCUGUUGUCUUGUAGCUACACUUGUGGUCUGAAUGGUUAAAUGGGAGCAGGUGUCUAUGGAGAAUUGUCUGACUUGUAGUCAUUAAUAGUGUCUGAAAAUUCUGCACCAUAUAGUUGGCACUCCAUAGAGGAAUGUACAAACUAGAUGAAAUAAAAAUCCAAUUAGAACUGCUUUGUUACAGUGACAGAAAUCUAGCUUGAACUGGUUUAAGCCAAAAAAAAAAAAGAGGGAGGGAGUUAUAUUGAUUUACACAACAAAUCAUGGAAAAAACAAGCUUGGGAGGCAGUGGGAUUUGAACCUCAGGUGAGUUACUCAGUCUCUGAGCUGUACAGUGGGAAUUACAGUGGCACCCCAUUGGGUUGGUAUGGGUUAAAUGCAGACAUUAAGGAUAGUUUCUGGCAUGUAGAAGGCACUUCCAAAGUUAUAAUAGCAUAUUGAAAGGACAGUGAUAUUCAGAGAUUUAAACCCCAUCAGAGCUGUUUGUUUUUAUAUCUUUUUCAUCUUCACAUUAAUAAAAGUACAGACUAGGCCUGCUAUAACAAGGAGAUCAUGAAAAUACAGUGGCUCAGAUAAGAUAGGUCAUUUCUCUUUUAACAGUGCCGGGAUAGGCAGGUGGGUAGGUGGCUCUACCAUGUCACCAGGCCCCCAAGUUCCUAUUAUCUUGUCACAUGGCAACAUUUAGCUAUAAGGUAGAUUAUAAAUUUAGUCCCUAGCUGGGGAGCGAAAACUGAGGACAUCAGAGAAGGCAAGUUCUCCAAGACCUGUGUCUUGGCUUCCUUUUCUCCUACUGUAAGUGGGCUUUCUCCAAGCAUUGGGGCUGGUGGUAGCUGACAGCUCCAGACUUGUAUCUCCCAACUUGGUGACCCUGAAAGAAAGGUUUCUUCCCUCCAGUUCCAAUUUGGACCAAUUUGGAAAAUCCCAGAGAAAGGUUCUCAGUGGUUUGUCAUGAGUCCCAUGCCCUCUUUGAUCACUUAGUGUGGCCAAGGGUGUGCGGCACUCUGAUAAUCCUGAUCUGGGUCAAGACUUUUCCUUCAGCCCACCAUGGUGGAGAAACAGCAUAGCCCAUUAACAGAGCAAGGUGCUGAGAAGACCAAACAUCUACUACAAGACGAGUCUGUAAUUAUGAACUGAUACUCUUUGAAAGUGUGUUGAUAGUUGUAAUUAUGUGUCCUGGGAAAGGCUAGCUGGACUGUGUCUCCAUGGUAGCUCUCACCUGGGGACAAUCUGUCAUCAGACAAUUACCUUCGUGAGUCUUUUUGUCCUCUGAGUAUUCCCAGUAGAGCAGGCAGAUGGGAGAGGGACCCUUUCCAAUUGGUUUAUGGCAGAGGAGGUACUGGCUAAUGUAGCUGAUAAGGUCAGGGCUAGAUUGGCUGUCAAGAUGGAUCCUAGGACUCACAACAGUGUCAUCAGGGACCUGUCUUUCUUCAGCUCUCUAUGCUGCUUUGAGUUGACUUUCUUCUCAGGCUUCACGAGUGACCCCCACAGCUUGAUACUGGUAGAAAGAGCUCCCCAACCCUGACAGACCCCUUGGACCUGGCUGUCAUUGCUCCAAACCAGGGAGGUAUCCAGCCUCAAGAAAUCAUUGUGGCUGGAAGAUGGAAUACACUGAUUACUUAAGCCUGGGGCACAUACCCAUGUGGACUGAGACUUAGUGCCUGGUAGUGGUAUUGGGGUUGGGGGUAGUGAUUUUGCCAGAAGUGGUGAGAAUGAAUACUGAGCAGGAAAAACCAUCAGGUGUCCAGUUCAGGCCUUUUCUUUUCUCUUGAUGUCUCUAUUUUUCUCUGUCUCCCUGCCCACUGUUACCCAAUCUCAUUACUCUUAGUCUUGGGGGAGGAGGGUACCUCCUGAGUACUACAAGGCCUGGAUUAGGGGGAACAGAGAUGAGGUAGCUAGCCAAAGUGCAGACUGUUUAAUGAAGAGCCAUUUGGGGCCUGGCUGGUGUGGCUCAGUGGUAUGAGCAUCAGCCUGCAAACUGAAAGGUUACUGGUUCGAUUUCCAGUCAGGGCACGUGCCUGGAUUGCAGACCAGGUCCCUCAUUGGGGGCUGUCAGGAGGCAACCAGUCAAUGUUUCUCUCAUACAUCGAUGUUUCUCUCCCUGUCUGUCUCCUUACCUUCUAUCUCUUUAAAAAAAAAAAAAAAAAAGCAACUUGGAGGAUGCUCCUCUGCCUGGAACUGCUUCAUCAUGGGUACUGUAGCACCUAUAGAGGGGACUUUGUCAAAGUCUAGGUAAAUUCUACUUAUGUACCUGUGCUAUUGCCUGAAUCCACACUAGCUGUGAACUCCUAAGGUGGCAGAUGUGAACCUGUAGGUAUCCAGCACAUACUUAAUGGGGUGAUUACUUGGACUUGAGGCCCCCAUCCCACUAGCCUCCACUCCAGGCCAGAUGAGAUAUUUCAGGACACGUGGUGUAGGGAACAAGGUUUGAAUGGUUGACUUAUGAGCCUCCUGUUGCCAGAUUCUGUUCCACAUGGCUGCACAGGGCCUUUGUGGUUGGUUGGGGUCUCUGGUGGCUUCUGAGUUAGUCACUUCUGCAUGAGUGACUUCAGUCAGAGCCUGUGGCACAGUUCCUUUCUUAGUCACUCUGACCCAUCUGGGUGAUAGCAGACUUGAAGUAAAUCAAACAGACAUUGCUCCUCUUUAACACAUCCUUGGAAGUUUCUUAGCAUAAAUAAGGGAUCUUGUUGGCUAGGGAGACCUUUGUGUCUUGAUAUGGCCGGUGAGAGCCCACAGAGCAGUGGGUACCCAACUUUUAUGGCAUAUGGGACCAGUUUCAUGGAAAACAAUUUUUCCAUGGAUGUGCCAGUGGAGUUGGGGGGAGACAGGAGGCAGAGCUCAGGUGGUAAUGCAAGCAAAGCUUCACUGCUUGCCUGCCACUCACCUCCUGCUGUGCAUGCCUGUUCCUAACAGGCCACAGACCAGUACCGAUCUGUGGCCCCAGGGGUUGGGGACCCCUGCUAUAGGGUAUCCAGAACUUGGAGCCCAGCCAAGUUCCAACUCACCCUCAGCCAAUCUCUAGGACAGAUUGGCAUCUAACAGACCUGGAUGGUUGCUAUAGGUGGUCAGAUGUAGCUGGUUGGUAUCCUGGGAUAGCUUCUGUGGAGCUGUAAGUCCCCUGAAAUGGUGCUGGGAGUGUUGGGACAACGUGUUCAAAGGCUUGGUUAUUUCAAAACAGGUGUCAGCAAAAUAUGCUGCCGGCUUGGACCUGUUCUCCUAAUUCCAUGAUUGCAGCAGCACUUCUUGAGCUCUCAAGGAGGGGGAUGGUGCUUUUGCAGAACAUGUACUUGCUGCCCGUUAGGGCAAGGAAGAUGGGCCUGAACUCAUGCUGUUAAUACAUCACCCAUUUAUUCAGUUAACAAAUACUUAUUGAGCCAUUGCUAAGUUCCAGGAGAUACAGUGGAGAAUAAGAUGGAACCUGGCCCUGCCCAUAAGGAUCUAUCUUACAGCUUAGUGGUAGAGAAAGCCAAGGAGACAAAGUAGAGGUCUCUGAUGGAGGCUUGAGGGUCCUCUCUUGAGUGUUUAUCACAGCUGUGAAGAGCAUGGGUGUUGGAGGUGGCAGAUCCAAUCCUAGCCCUGUACUUUUGAGCAAGUUGCCUUCCCUUUUGGAACUUCAGGUUUCUCAUCCAUAAAAUAGGGCAGAUGUAUAAGGGUUGUGAUGAGGAUUUAAAUGCAUUCACAUUUGUAAAGCAUGAUAUUGGCUCAGGAUAAGCACUCAAUAAAUGAUAGUUUUAACUACUAUUGUUGUGAAGUGAUAUACCUUGAGUGAAACCCCUCAUAGCACAAGGUACAGCACUCUUAUAUUUUUUAAAGUUUAAAAUUAAGAGCAUCUUUUCUUUAUAAUCAGUCUACCACAAGAAGACAUGGGGAAAAGGAAUGAUCUUUUCUUGCUUUGCAUCAGUGGGGUGCCAGGCAUGUAUUGAAAACAUUUAAUCCUCCCAACUGUCAAAAAAGUAGGGAUUUUUACAACCCGUUAUACAGAGGAGGAAACUGAUCUUCAGAGAGGUAAAUCUUCCCAGAGUCACACAGCUAAUAAAUGGCUGAACUGGAAUGAAACCAGGUCUUACCUACCGCAAAACUGGUGUUUUUAUGCAGCUCCUCCAGUGUCCUGGGCCUCCAAAGCACAUGGCCCUGAGGACUACACUUGCCAUCCAGUCAGGUAAUCCUUUGUUUUCCUGAAGUUUUCCCUGGUGGGUUGGCCCCAGUUGCAUUCAUUAUUAUGCACUCUGACCCAGACCCUGAAGGAAGAAGAGUUAGCACAGGACAUCCUGUUUCCCUGAGGAAACAAAAUGGCUUAUUCUAUAUGUCUCCAAGUCAGUUGGACAUCAGGCACAUGGUUUGUGCAUAUGAAAAUCACCCAAGAAAAGAAACACAGAAGUGGAGUCCACACUUUGUAUUUCAGACCUUGGAUCUAGACAUUAGCCUCUGGUUUUUCUUGGCUCCACUAGUUCCUUUUCAGCUGCAUUCAUCUCACCUUUUGGGGUCUGCUAGGAAUUUUCUGAUUUCCCAUGGAAGCCACAAGAUCCCAAGGUAGCAGCAGGGCCAGAGCAGAGGGGAAAAACAAGGAAAUAUGAGAGCCUGGGAACAGGAAAGCCCUGUUGGAUACUCUGAGCAUCCUGGGAGUAGGCACUGGUUCCUUUUAUUUCAGUAACAACAAUAAGGAUAUGAUCAUGUGCCUGGUACCAUUUGAAGUGCUGUACUCAUAGAAUCUCUUUACAAGAACCUUAGGAGAUAGGCAUAUCAUCAAGAUAGAAUCCUAGGAGAUGGGCACUAUAUAUAAUUAUCUCCAUUUUAUAGACAUGGAGAGUAAGGCACAGAGAGGUCACACAGCUAAGGAGGGGCUGGCAUUUGUACCUAGGAUUCUUUAGUCCAUGAGUUUAACCGAUAUGUCAUACUGCUUUUUGGUAAGGAGGGAGUGA